UUCCCCGCCAUGAAUAACAAAUCCUACACUUCAUGAGCACUGCUAAUGUAAUUACCUUCAGAAACAAGGAUGGAUAAUUAAUCCUUCUGCCACCUACUAGCACAAUUAUAUCCACAUACGUACUACAUAUAUGGACUGCAGGAGCUAUAAUUCUCACAUGACCAAGUGUUAUACAAAACUGAUUCUUACGUACCCGCAAACUUCACCCUAGCAACCCGCUUGGCAACCAAACAGUCCAUAAAAAAUUCCAGAUCUUUCACUGUCAAAAAUGUUGAUGUUACCUGAAGAUCACAAGCAAGCAGCAGCUAUUGAACGACGUCGCAAAUUUGAAGAAGAACGGAAACGCAGAAUUUUUAAUGAUAGACAGAGACUCAUUGGUAUAGAUCUCGCAGCAUUGGAGCAACAAAUUACAGAACAAAAAGCGAAUGAAGAGGAGCAGCACAGGAAGGAUGAAUCAUUUGAGGAACAAUGUAUUCGUGAUGCUAAAAUGGCACUUCUUUUUGAAAAGAAAUUUGAAGAAGAGAAACGACGCAUAAAUGAAGAUAUUAAUACAUUUCGGGCCAUUUACCAAAGACCCGAGAACAGGCUUGAAUUUGAUCUCUACGAUCCAGAUGGUCUUAAGAAAAGCCUUCCAGCCCGCUUAUUGGAUGACGAUCCGCGUUGUGGACCGUCUUCUGCUCAAAUAUUUGCUGGCGAGGAUCUGGCGAAUGAAGACCGACGGAAGGCCCAGCGUGACCAGUACAGAUCAUGGCUAGAACAGCAAAUAACAGAACGGAGAGCUGCGGACAGUGAUAGGAAAGCCACACAGAAGGCAUAUGACAACGCACUGUUAGCAAGAGAUAGACGUGCUUCUGAGCUGGAGAGAAUGGAGCAGGAUUGCCGACGACGGCUCAGUGAAGCUAAUCUCAGGUUUAACAAGGCACUGGCAGAAGAGCAGGCUUUUCAACGCAGACGUGAUGAAGCAAAAGAUAUGGAAGACAAACAGGCUGAAAUAUACAAUCAUCUAACAGGAGACAUGCUCACAGAAAAUUCAGAUGUAGCAAACAGCAGCUUUGGUCCUAACCGCAAAAUACAAUACCUCUAUAAAGGGAUGACUCCUGAAGAGCGUAACAGUGUUCGCAAAGAACAACUUCUGCAAAUUGCAGAAAAUAAGGCCAAAUAUGCAGCAGAAGCACAACUAGAAGCAGAAUGGCAAGAGUUGAUAGGGGGAACAGAUCGACACGCUGUUCUUAAGGACCGAGAGCUUAGGAGGAAGCAGAGGUAAGAAACAAGGUACAAUAACAAUAAUGAAAUUACAGUCUUUCAUAAUUAAUAUUUUAUUCCACAAACAAAUAUGAUGUGAAGUCUAAUUUG